CCCUCCUCCUCCACCUCCACUUCGUCUUCCCCCCACCGAUCUAACAACGAAGGCAGGGAGAGGGAGACUCCCCCGCGACCCCGCCCCGCCGCCCACCUCCUUCUGCACCCCGCCACCCGAGGGCGCCGCCAUGGCCUCCACCUCCUCCAACCACACCAAGCACCGCCGGAUCGGAGAGGACGACGAGGAAGAGGAGGAGGAGCUCGAGCGGUUUGAUGAUUUCACCAUCGCUUCAACAUGGGAGAGGUUUAUAUCCGAGAUUGAGGCUAUUUGUCGUCAAUGGCUAGCAGAUGGCCCAAAGAACUUGAUGCAAAAAGGUGCGGAGAGUGUGCUUUCCUUCGAAAACUUGUGCAUGGUUAAGCGCGAACUGAAGCAUGGGAAAAGAGUCUACUCUAUGGAGUAUCAUUUUAUGAAGUCUGCAAAAGGGAAAUAUUCAUACUGGGAUGAUGAUACACAUAGCACACAACUAUCUUUUGGAGUGGAUGAGUUUCUGAUAAUUGCUCCCUUGAGUGCCAGCGGUGUCGUUCUUGAUGAUCCUGAAUCAACUAAGCUUUUGAGUUCUGUAGCAAUUGCUCUGUCCAAUUGUGGCAGCAAUUGGCCAGCAUUUGUACCAGUGCAUGACCCUUCACGAAAAGCAUAUAUAGGAAUCCAAAACAUGGGAACAGUAUUUACUCGAAGGUUUGAAGCUGAUCGAAUUGGUAGCCAGGUCCCAAUACGACUCAUGCAUCUGGAGGGUUUACAUGAGCUAUUUCUGUCAAAGUUUGUCCUAUCCUCAACAGAUUUUCCAGCAAAGGUAAAGGUAAACUUCUCAAUGAAGCUUACCUACAGAACUCCUGAACAUGAUUAUGAUCAUGAGGAGACUUUGGAUUCUGAAGCUACUGAGUCGAUACCAGAACAUGGCAUUGCAAGCCAACCCAGAAAACAAUGGGAUGAUGAUUGCCCCUGGGCAGAGUGGUACUCUGCCGAGGAUCCUGUUAAAGGUUUUGAGUUGACAGCCAUUUGGGGAGAGAAGAUGUUUGAAGAGAGCCUUGAAAUGGCUGAGGUAGAAAACGCUUCGUCGUUUGAUGCUGAUAGUUGGCUUCUACACCCAGUUGUGUCUCCAUAUAUGGUCGACGAUUCAAUUGGGAAGUUUGUUGGGUUUGCAUCCCAGCUACAUCUUCUAGUAAAUGCACUUGAAUCGUCAGGAGAGGCACAGUUUUUGGAAGAUUAUGUUGCAGAUAAUUCAGGUCCAGACAAUUCGAAAUCUUCUGUUGCUGUGCCUCCACCAUCUGUCGUCGAUCGUGUAAUGAAAGAUAUUUUCAAUGAUGAGGUUGGAAAGUCAAAUUAUGUAGAAGCAGGAAGUAAAUUUGGCCGUGCUUUGAAAGGAGCACCUUCGGAUUCUCUCUUUGCUCAGUUCUGUUUGCACGCAUUGUGGUUUGGCAACUGCAAUAUACGCGCAAUAGCAGUCUUAUGGAUUGAUUUUGUGCGCGAAAUUCGUUGGUGCUGGGAGGAAUCAGAGCAACUACCGAGGAUGAAAAGCUCUUCUAGUAUUGACCUCUCUGCUUGUCUGAUCCACCAAAAACUACAAAUGCUUGCGAUAUGCAUUGAGAGGAAGAAAUCAUUGAAUCAUGAGAAGGAUACUAAUCAUGCAGAUAAAGAAGGGACUUCAAAUAGCAUGGCACCUAACAAAAUUCGUAAAGGAUCUGCAGGCAUUGUCCCUUCACUGAUGCUCAUUAAUACAUUUCAGGAAAUGCAUAUUCCGUAUACUCAGGAUGCACCUUUGAUGACAGAAGAUAUGCAUGAAGAAAGGCUCCAUGCAGCCGAGGCUUUUGGCAGUGCUGCUGGUUUAUCUGGUCAACUGGAAAGGGAUAUAUUAGCUUCUGACAUGUCUGCCUUUAAAGCCGCAAAUCCAGAUGCUGCCUUUGAAGAUUUUAUUCGGUGGCAUUCACCUGGUGACUGGGUGAGUGAGGGCAAUGGUGAUGGGAAUUCAGCCUGGCCACCUAAAGGAAGGCUUUCUCAGCGUAUGUCAGAACACGGGAAUAUGUGGCGCAAAAUCUGGAAUGAUGCACCAGCUUUGCCUGUCUCUGAACAGAAAUCUCUGCUUGAUUCUAUUCGAGAAGGAGAAAAGGUGGUUCAUUACCUUGAAACUUUGAGACCACAGCAGCUCCUUGAGCAAAUGGUCUGCACUGCUUUCAAAUCAUCAGCUGACAUUCUGAACAAGACCACAUAUGGUAGCUUUAAAUUAAUGAAGACUAAAAUGGAUCAACUUUAUGCUACAAUGGCGUCAACAUUAAAAUCUCUUCAAGGAAAUUCGGACACAAGUGAUAUGGCUGGAGACUUGAAGCGACUUUGUCAAGUUUUUGAGCACAUUGAGAAGUUGCUGAUUUUUGCUGCAUCGAUCCACCGAAAACUUAUAGAUGCUCCAAGACUGGCUCAAUCGGUUUUUACUGACUACUUCAAUUACUAUCUCCCGAAAAUGGGAACCAGCUUGGAAAGUAUUUGUUAUGAAAAGGAGUUCACUACUAAGGAAAAGGUGGGGAUGCUCGAGAGAGAGGCUGUAUCAAGCCUGUUUCGCCCCCCUACAGCUAAUCAGUCAUGGAGGAAAGUUUUGAGCAUGGGAAAUCUUUUGAACGGCCAUGAGCCAAUACAGAGAGAGAUAGUUUUCUCAGUACUGGAAAAACUAAGCAACGGUCACUAUUCGAGCCCAACUCCGCUAUGUACAGAUGAACAGAUUGAGACACAUCGGAUGUAUAUAUCUGGUACAUCUAAUGAUCUCUGGGUUGCUCUAUCCGUGACAUCCUGGGAUUGAGGUGCUUGUACAUACAAAAGAGCAACCACAGGAAUUAGAGUCGGGUGUUUUGAUUAUUGCAGAUGUAUUGGGCUGAUGGCUGUGUACCAGAAGAGCAAACCUUGGCAGGACAAUAGCGGCUGCACGUUUAAGCACAAACCUAGUGUUCACACAAAUGUUUUAGUGUCAACUUGUCAUCCUCGAAAACAGUGGGAUCUACAUGAGGCAGGUCAGUCCAGCGACCAGAAUUCAGAUGCCCAGACCAUUUUUACGACUUGGCUUUUCUGCCUGCAAGCACUGAGUAAAUAUUUGUAUGUUCUGUGGAGAUUGGAGAUGCAAGCUCCAUUUUAGGUCAUUAUUUACACGGCUCCAUUUUGCAUAGGUGGUUUUGUUUACUCAGCUUUCUGCCAUUCGUUUUUGUAAGUUGAAGGAAAGAAAUCUAUAAAAUCUACAGUUGAGUGGAA